AUGCCGAAGAGGAAGGCGGCUCCAUCGGAGCGAAGCAAGCUUGCCAACUACUUGGUUGGUCAGGUAUGCUGGGGGCUCAUGUCUGCAGUCCAAGCUCAGACGAUCGCCCAGCUUGCCGUUGAGGAUGCGGAGGAGGCUCCCAAUGAGUUGAAACGGCUUGCCAAAGUGGGCAGCUCCGGCCAGUGUCCUCAGAACGUGUGGCGGGAUCUCAAGCGAUCUAUGAUUGCAGUGCAUCUUCCGGAGCCGCAGGAUGUCUUGAUAGAGAAUGAAGUCUACAAGAUUCUAUACCCACACGAGGUUCUGGCAAGCUUGUAUCAGAAUUACCGAGACAUGUUCAAUGCCAUGUUUGAUGUCACAGAAGCAGCUCGCUUCUGGGACGAUGUGAAAAAUACGAAGAUGUUUCGUGAACAUCCACUUUCUGGCCGGUCGGACCAGGCGAGAGCCUUGCCGAUAGGCUUACAUGGUGAUGGUGCACCGGUGUCUGCAAAGGGGAAAACCUGGCAGAAAAGCGCAGACUUCCUGAGUUUUUCGUCGCUCAUAGGAAGUGGAGCUCACAGGUUGCUGCACAUCAUCAUCUCAGCUGUUUGGACUCUGGGCUUGUCGCAGUUUCUGGGCGAAAGCUUGGAUGAAAAACGGCGGGUGAUGCAGCAAUACUGGAAGCAUGUAGCUUGGAGCCUUCAUGCCUGCUGGUUGGGGACCUGGCCUACUGAAGAUCCGGAAGGCAAUCCUUUGAGGAACCAGGCUGCAGGGAAACCUCUCGCUGGUGGUCUCUUCUUUGUCCUAUGGGUGCUGCAAGCAGAUUUGGAGUUUCAGCACAACUUCUGGGGGCUGCCCCAUUGGACGAACAACCUGCCAUGCAACCGUUGUGGAUGCACAAGAGAUGACUUCUUGAACUUCAAUGGUCCUUGGGUGUCGAGCGGCUACGACAAAAAGACCUGGAAUGCUCGAUGCAAGGCUGCAAAGGUGUGUGCCCUGUUCGCUCUGGCGGGGUGUUGGGGUGGAACUGUCCAACCAGACCUUAUGCAUACGAAGUAUCUGGGAGUCGACCAAUAUUUCUUGGCAUCAGUGAUAUUUGUUUUGGCCCGAGUGAAGCAAAUCCACAACUGGUUCGAGCUAUUGGAAACAUACUGGAAGGAUCGUCAGGUGACUUCGCAUUUCCGCAGCAUGAAGGACUCCAUGUGGGCACCAAAAGACCGGCAAGGCGAGACAGAUUCUCGGCAGCAGGCUCCUGCUUAA